AUCCUUCAAAAGAAAUAGAAAUAGUCCACAAUAACUAAAAAGUGAAACGAAAUGAGUAAAUCAAAAUCAACUCGAUCCAGCAAAGUAAAAGAUGAUCCGGAUACACCCGCAAAACCAAAGGCCAGUACAUCUGCAUCCGCCUUAAGGAAAAUAUUUUACAUAUCUCAGGAUAUGCUGGAAGAUGGGACGCAAAAGUUGAAUCUGGAGCAAUUUUAUCAUGCGGGAAAAGGCAAGAAAGCAUUAUUUAUGACAAAAAAUGAUAACAUUAUAAUGGAAGUGGUGGAGUAUUCAGAGCCUAGAAGAAGUUGGCUUAUCAACAGCGAGGUGUGUUCCAAUGGGCAUAUCUACAUUACCACCCCGAUUGAUGUGACCUUUUUAGCUUUGCACCACUUGCGCAAGCAUUGUUCGACUAGAGCCAUCUCCUUGGAUAACAUAUAUGAUGAGGAGGAUUCCAGUGUUUCGAGGCUGCUUACCAAUUUUAUACCGCAUGCGUCGCUAAAAUGUAUUGCCGAUGUUAAAACUGCAGGAGGAGAUAAUUUCUAUAAAUAUAACCACGAGAAAUGUUUAGCAUGGUUGUCGCUUAAAACAAAACAUGUGGCAGAGGCGUUGAAAAAAGCCGGCAUAUACUGUGGCCACAGUGCCAUAUCGCAAAACUAUACACGAAGUGAAAACGUAGUAGACGAGACUGCCCAUGAGACGGAUUACCUGCGUAUGGCCUGUGAUUAUAUUGGGGGCUAUAUAUCCCUGGAAUUGCAUGAGGAACUUGCUAAAUAUUUGCAAAUACCCUCUGAGAAAGCGACAAAGAAUGAGGAAAAGAAGGCAGCGGCGACUAAUACUAAACGUAAGUCCGGCGACAAGCUAAAGAAUGAAAUCUCGAAAAAGCAAAAAUUGGAAAAUGGGGCAGCAGCUAAAUUGAAGGAUUCCAGUUUGUUGGAAGAAUCGCCGGACGAUGAUGAAGAAGAAAAUCGUAAUAAGAACAAUUCUUUAAGUGAGGAGAUCAUAAAAUCGCCCAAAGAGAACUUAUCUACUCCGUUGAAGGAAAAGACAAUGACAGCUAAAGAAAAAUCAUUGGCGAAGAGUGCUAAAGGUACCAAGAGUAUAGCAUCAUUUUUUAUGAAAAAGACUGCCGCAUAAUAUAAUGUAGAAUGUUUAAAUAUAUAUGUUCGUUAUUUAAAGAAAGAAACCUAA